AUGGGGUACCAAAAAGCCUGGAGAGCAAGAGAAAAAGCUUUAGAAUUGGCAAGGGGAAACCAAGAUGAUUCAUACCAAAAACUUCCCAUCUACCUUCACAUGCUAAAAGUCUCGAACCCAGGUACAAUUACACACCUGGUUACAGACAAUACAGAUCACUUCAAAUAUAUGUACCUAGCAUUUGCAAAUUCCAUCAAAGGAUGGAAACACUGUAGGCCAGUCAUUGUGAUAGAUGGAACUUACUUGAAGACAUCAUUUGGGGGAACUUUAUUCACUGCUUCAACAAUGGAUGCUAACAACAACAUAUUCCCAUUAGCCUUUGGAAUAGGAGACUCUGAAAAUGAUUCAUCAUGGUUAUGGUUUUUCACAAAGCUGAAGGAGACAUAUGGAGAAAGAGAAGGUAUGGCAAUCAUUUCAGACAGGCAUAAAAGCAUAGAAAAUGCUAUAGACGAUGUAUACCCAAAAGCUUUCCAUGGAGCAUGCAUAUUCCACCUGUUAAACAACAUCAAAGUCAAUUUUGGUGUCCAUGGGGAGGACCUAAACCUAAACUUUGUCAAAGCAGCUAAGGCAUACAUGGUACAAUCAUUUGAGCACUACAUGCAUGAAAUAGACAAGAUUGACACACGCAUAAGACCGUAUUUACAAAAAAUUGGAUAUUCAACUUGGUCUAGAUGCCAUGCUCCAACAAGAAGAUAUACAAUGAUGACAUCAAAUAUAGCUGAAUCAAUAAAUGCUGCAUUGAAAGCUGCAAGAACGCUGCCAAUCACUACAAUGAUGGAGGGCCUUCGAAGUUUAGUUCAAAAAUGGGUAUGGAAAAAUGGUAACGAAGCAAACGGAACAUUCACACAAGUAACAACAGAUACUGAAACUGUGCUUAGAGAAAAGUUUAUUCGUGCCAUUAAAUUUCAGGUCUUCCCAGUAAACACUAUAUUGUACCAAGUUGUAGUUGAACAGAAAGGAAAUUUUUUGGUCAACCUAAUGGAGAAAACAUGUGAAUGCAAAAGAUUCCAACAAGACGAAAUACCGUGUGCACAUGCAAUAGCAGUAUUCGCCAAAACACGGCUGAAAACAUAUGAUUAUGUUGCUGAUUACUACAAAACUACAACUAUGAAAGCAACAUAUGACUCAACUAUUCAUCCAUUGCCAAAUGAAAGCGAAUGGACACUGCCAGAGACUUUAAACAUAAUUGUCCUACCACCAAAAUCAAGAAAACCACCAGGCCGCCUUAGAAGAAAAAGAAUCAAAUCUAGAGGAGAACCAAAGGUUCCAACACAAGAUAUGCAAAAACUGAAAAUUCAAGCACCUGGUUACAACACAUAA